AUGGCGCUCAGCCUUCGAGCCGCCGCAUCCCUCGCCGCCCCGCCGGCUCACCUGCGUCCGCGCCGACGCGCCACCUCUGUCCCUGUGGUCCGCGCCACUGUGUCCCCUCCUCCGGCGCUCGACAGCAGGCGGCGCCCGCAGAACGUGUCCGGCGAGUUCUUCGUCGAUCACCGGUGCAUCGACUGCGCCACCUGCAGGUGGAUGGCUCCGGAGGUGUUCAAGAGGGUCGACGACCAGUCCGCCGUGGCGGCGCAGCCCACCUCCGAGGAAAUCAGGACCAAGGCACUGCAGGCCUUGCUCUCUUGCCCUACAGGCUCUAUCCACACUGACAAGCCUACAGAAGACAUUCUCCAAGUGCAGAACACAUUCCCUCUCCCCAUCGACGACGAUCUUCCCGGAGUUUACCUCUGUGGUUACCAUUCUGAGAACUCAUAUGGAGCAACAUCUUAUCUUAUAGUUCACCCGGAAGGGAACAUAAUGGUUGACAGCCCGAGAUAUACGCCAAAACUAGCGAACCAGCUUGAGAAGCUCGGCGGAGCGCGUUACAUGUUUCUGACUCACAUUGACGAUGUCGCGGAUCAUCGGAAAUGGGCCGAGCGGCUAAAGUGCGAGAGAAUCAUUCAUUCAGGAGAUGUGGAGGAUAUCACUGCUGAUGUCGAGUGGAAACUUACUGGAAAUGGCCCCUGGAACAUUGGAACUGAUUUUGAACUUAUCCAUACCCCAGGGCAUACCGAAGGCUCAGUCUGUUUGCUGUACAAACCUCUGAAGGCACUAUUUACUGGUGACCAUGUCGCAAAAUCAGAAGAAUCAGAUGAUCUAAACCUCUUUCUGAUGUACAGUAAGCAAUCAGUGGAUGUGCAACUGGACAGCAUCAGGAAGUUACUGGACUUCAAUUUUGAGUGGUUUUUACCUGGGCAUGGCUACCGAAUCCGAUAUGAAGAUGUAUAUGCCAAGAAUUCAGCUAUUGAGGCUCUCCUUGCAGACUACACAAACUAA